AUGGUGAAGCUAUUGGGAUUGACUCGAGGAGAACCAGCUGAAUCACCUCGGGAGAUUACCCGAACCAUACCGACGAGUGAGAGCGUUGGUGAGAGUGGUUGGUUAAUUCGCUUCUUUGACUCGGCCUUUUUCUGUGAGUGGAUUGCUGUUAGUUAUCUAUACAAGCAUGAUCACCCGGGAGUUCGGGACUAUCUGUGUAAUAGAAUGUAUACAUUGCCCCUUUUGGGAAUUGAGAGCUACUUGUUUCAGAUAUGUUACAUGUUGGUUCACAAGCCUAGUCCGUCUUUGGAUAAGUUUGUUAUUGAUAUAUGCUCCAAGUCGCUUAAGAUAGCCAUGAAAGUGCAUUGGUUUUUGAUGGCGGAGCUUGAGGACUCGGAUGAUAAUGAGGGGAUUAGUAGGAUUCAAGAGAAGUGUCAGAUUGCCGCGACUCUGAUGGGUGAGUGGCCACCUUUGGUUCAGGCCCAAAAUGCACCUACGAGCCCCGUGGGGAAGAACCCAGUUCUGAAUAAGUUGUUAUCUUCCAAGCAGAGGUUGCUUUCGUUGACAUCAUCGCCUCCCACGCAGAAGUCUUUAUCAUUCUCGCCUUCAUCAGGUAACUCUUUGCAGGAUGAGGGAAGUAAGCCUUUUCCAGAAGAGAAUAAGAUAUUCAAGAAAUUUAUUCCAGGUCCAAAAGUUCGGGAUGCAUUGCUGUUUAGGAAGUCAGUGGAUAGAGAUGAUGACGAAUCGGAAAAGGAUGGCUUCUUCAGGAGGCUUUUAAGAGAUGGCAGGGAUGAGGAUGUCAGGAGAUCAUUGGAUAGAGAUGACGAGGAAACAGAGAAAGAUGGUUUCUUUAGGAGGCUUCUAAGAGAUAGUAGGGAUGAUGAUGCUAGGAAAUCAAUGGAUAAAGUUGACGAAGAGUCAGAGAGGGAUGGAUUCUUUCGCAGGCUUUUAAGAGAAAGUAGGGAUGAGGAUGAGGAAGUCACAUCGAGCUCAGAUGGAUUUUUUAAACGGUUAUUUCGUGAUAGUAAAAACGAUUCCGAGGAAAAACACGUUUCAAAAUCAGUAGAAGAAGAUGAAAAGGAAGGAUUUUUCCGAAAAUUUUUUAAGGAGAAAUUUGAGGACAAGAAGGAUGGGAGUGAUAGAAAUGACAAUGAAGAAAAAGUGGCGAAAUCUGCCGAAGAUGAUGAAAAAGAAGGGUUUUUCAGAAAAAUUUUCAAGGAAAAAAUUGAGGACAAGAAAGAUGGAAAUGAUGAGGAAGGCAAUGGUCAUGCCAAUGGUGAGGAAGACGAGCCUUCAGAUUUUUCAUUGUUUCGUAGAUUUUUUCGAGUGCACCCUGAGUAUGCCAAGAAUGCAACAGCGAAUGAAAACAGCCACAGUGGCAGUUUUCUUGAAAGCAGUCCAGGAACAGAAAAUUUUUUCCGCAAAUUGUUUAGGGAUCGUGAUCGUUCUGUGGAAGACUCGGAGCUUUUUGGUUCAAAGAAGCACAAAGAGGUGCAGCCACAAUAUAGUCAACCAUACCCACAGAAUCUCAGUCCUACAAUUAAGAAAUGGCUUGAGUGA